AUGAAGAGAAUGUUCGGACGUCGUAACCCUCGCUUCUGGUUCCUCAACUGCUGUGUUUCGCCUCAGUCGGAGGUAAGGUCAAACUUGGAUAAUUUUGAAAAUUUUAUGGAUUUUAGUGUCUAAAAUUAUGUUUCGCUUCUUUGUGAGGGUGUAUUCAUUUAAUUUGUUGUCUAAAUCUUAUAAUUCACCUUCAUUGCUCAUAUUUUACCAUCUCCAAUAAUUUUCUAUUAAUUUAGGUAUAAAAUUAAUGUUUUUGAAUUUCAUGACUAGUAUGAUAUUUUGACCCCCUCAUUUUGCAUCACGAAGAAAGCCCAUGUCCUUUCAGAUAGCCCGAGUGCGAAUUGACCGGUCUAUGAUUGGAAACCCCACCAAUUUUCGACAUGUUGGACAUCUAGGAGCAGAUGAUCUUGGAUGUGUAAGUUAACUACUUUCUAACCUUUCGAUUGAUGUGAGUCUGGUAACCAGAUGGUUCCAACACCUUCUGUUUUUAGUCCACGGUAUCCACGACCUCGCUACUAGGUUCCAAAGGCAGUGAUGAGUUCCGAAUGAACGUCCCUAUCAACAUUCGAGCCAAUGAUAUCCCCAUUCAAGGUGAGUUUUUUACGGCUUUUUUUAAAAAUCUUUACCGUAUACUGGACCUAAACACAGUACCCACAAGCUUUUUGACAGCAGAUUUAUGACUGUUUUUAUCUUGUGCUUGUUAUCAGAUGUUGUGAAAUGACAAGUUAUUGAUAUUUUUGGCUCAUUUUUUGCGGGAUUGUAAAAGGCAUGUGAGUGGACUGUCAAAAACAUUGUAAUCAUACCAAAAGUACUUGUUAUCAGCGAAAAAAUACAAGAGGAAAUCGGAUUUUGGCAAAAAAUAGGUGUGCCUGCACAGUGCGCUGAUGUGAAGGGUAAAAUUGAAGGGAUUUGGGAAUAAGAAAUUUUAUGAAUUGUUGGGUGAUUGAAUUUUAUUUAUUUUUUCUUCCAGGUUCAGCCUAA